GAGAGAAGAAGCGCAGCUUCAAAUCAGUCCAUGGUGACCUGCUGCUCUGCAGCUUCUCUUGUCGCGUCACGCGGCUCUGGGAUAACCCAGUGAGGCAUAAUGAAGACACUGAGGUUUAUUUAUUCUCGGCUGCCUCUCGGUCGCAGCUCAGCGGCUGCCUGCGGUUUUCUCCCCAGGUUUCCUUGCAGAGGAGCCGCUCCCACGCUGCUGGCCAGCAGGACCCUGGCGCUCUCUGCUUCCAGCCUGAAGAACAGAAAUGACUCCAGUUCACAUACAGAAGGAGAGGAAGGAGACGGAGAGCUGGAGGACAGCGAGGUGGAGGAGCUGUUCCAGCAGCAGGUCCCUGCAGGGCUCGGACAGGGACAGCAGAGGGUGUUCAUCGUCCACCCCGAUGUGAAAUGGGGGAGCAGGAAGCAGUACCUGACCACCGCUGAGCUGAUGAUGGCUGAGGCCGAGGGGCUCGUGAAGACUUUGGAAAACUGGACGGUGGUGGACACCAUCAUCCUCUCCACCAAGACCCCAGAGAAGAAGAAGAUAUUUGGGAAGGGCAACUUCCAGUUCCUUACAGAGAGAAUCAAGCAAACUGUGGGCAUCACAGCAGUCUUUGUCAAUGUGGACCGCCUGUCCCCUCUGUCUGAGAGGGAGUUCGAGGAAGCCUGGGGGGUGAAGGUCUUUGACAGGUACUCUGUUGUGCUCCACAUUUUCCGCUGCAACGCCAGAACCAAAGAGGCCAAGUUACAGAUCUCCCUGGCAGAGAUCCCUUUAUUAAGAUCUCGUCUAAAAAAUGAAAUGGCAGAUUUGGAUCAGCAAGGUGGAGGAUCAAGAUACAUCGGAGGAUCAGGGGAGACGCUGUACGAGGUCCAGCAGAGGCUGCUGAAGGAACGGGAGGGGAAGAUUCGCUCUGCACUGGAAAAACUCCGUAGAAAGAGGCAUCUCCUGCGGUCUCAGCGAAAACACAGGGAGUUCCCCGUCGUGUCUGUGCUCGGAUACACCAACUGUGGAAAAACCACUCUGAUCAAAGCUCUGACCGGCGACAGCAGCCUGCAGCCCAGGAAUCAGCUCUUUGCAACCCUGGAUGUGACCGUCCACGCCGGCCAGCUGCCCAGUCACAUGACCGUGCUGUAUGUGGACACCAUCGGCUUCUUGUCCCAACUUCCACACCAGCUCAUCGACUCCUUCUCCGCCACCCUGGAAGAUAUCACACACUCGGAUCUGCUGGUGCAUGUCAGAGACAUUAGUCAUCCAGAGACGGUGAAUCAGAAGGCGAACGUACUGAAUGUCCUGAAGAACCUGGAAAUCCCACACAGGCUGCUGGGCUCUAUGAUCGAGGUUCACAACAAAAUUGACCUACUUGACAAUUAUGAAAGCUCAGAGCCGGGCGCGGUGCUGAUCUCUGCCCUGCAGGAGCGAGGCCUGGAUGAGCUGAAAAAGGCCGUGGAGCGGGAGAUUGUAAAAUCCACCGGAAAACAAAUUUUAGACCUGCGAGUUGACCUCAGCAGUGCUCAGUUAAGCUGGCUGUACAAAGAAGCCACCGUUCAGGACGUGCAGGUGGACGCAGACGAAGGCUCGGCUGUGGUGAAGGUCAUCAUCAGCGCCGCUGCUUAUGGACGCUACAAGAAACUUUUCGGAGGUAGAUGAGAACAGAGGAAGCUAAAAAGAACUCAACUCUGAACCUUAAAAAAAUAUUUUUGCUCUGCGG